CGACAGCGGCCUUGUCCUACGCAGGCGCGGGUCUAACGCACGCGCGCCCCCUGACACCCUGACACCUGUCAAACGCUGCCAGUCGCCCACGGCCGGCCUGACGUCACUGCUGCGGCUAUCCUCGGGAUCGGGAAAACCAUGUAAAAAGUGGUAACACACCAUCAGCACGAUGUUCGAGGGCGCGGUGGCGGGUUUCCUCAACUGGGUGCUGGGCAAGUACAUCCAGGACCUGGACACGGAGAACCUCAACGGCGGCAUCUUCUCCGGCAGUGUCAGCCUCGCUGACCUCAAGCUUAAACCUGAGGCGCUGUACGAGCUAGACCUCCCUAUAGAUGUGAAAAUCGGCACCAUCGGCAAGGUAAACCUGCAGAUACCAUGGGCGGGGUUAUACACGCAGCCCGUCGUCAUGCACAUAGAAGACGUCCUUAUUCUGGUCGGGCCGGCGAUUUCCAACAGCUACUUCGACCCAGAAAGGGAGAAAAGACUCACGAGAGCAGCUAAGAGGAAGAUCCUCCAAGAUCUCGAAGCCGAGAGUGAAAGCUUGAAGGGUCCGCAGAAUUUCUUCAAGAAUCUCUUCACGGCUAUCGUGAAUAAUCUUCAGAUUUACGUCAGGAAUGUGCACGUGAGAUAUGAAGACUCCAUCAGCUCUAAAGACGGACCCCUCGCUUGCGGUCUGUGUCUCCAGAGCCUGUCUAUUGAGACUACUAACAACAAAUGGAAGCCAUCAGUAACCCCAGCAGAUGCGUCCACUCUCUACAAGGUGAUGAAGGUGGAAUCCCUAUCCCUCUACUGGAACCCCACUGCUACGGCGCUAGAUGACGCUGAAAUCGCCAACAUCACCCCCAUGCAGUACUAUAACUGGAAGCACUAUAUGCUGACUGGGUUGGACAAGUUCUCCAUGCAUCAUGAGGACUUUGAUUUCCUGCUCAAGCCCGUGGCGUGCAAAGUGAAAGUCAUCAUCAACCGGUCGGUAGAGCCGCGAGUGCCGCGCCUGCUGCUAGACGCGGUGGUCCAGGACAGCGCGCUGCAGCUCUCGCGCCGACAGUACCUGUCCAUCGACAACCUCAUGAAGUCCUUCGACAGGAUCACGCUUAACAGGAAAUACCGUCACCUUCACCCCGGAGUUCCCCUAUCCAAGGACGCUCGUCGCUGGUGGCGGUACGCUUACACCGCGGUAGUCGAACAACGCGUACGCCCGUACACCUGGGCGGCCAUCAAGCGGCAUAGAGAGAACUACAACACAUACAAACAGACAUACAAGAGCACUCUAAGGAGCCCUAACGAUACAGAGCUGAAGUUGGAUCUGCAAAAGUGUGAAGAUAGUUUGCCGAUUAUAUCGGUCGUUAUAGCGAGAGAGCAGGCUAAGUUUGAGUUGCUAGCAAAAGAGCCUGACAUAAUAGAAGUCGUAGAAACUGAGAUAGACUGGUGGAGUCCCCUCAACAGUUACAAGUCAAGUGAUGCUGAAGAGAAGUCCCGAGUAGACUUAUGCGUCAAGACCCCAAGGUCGAAGAGUCUUUGGAGCCACCUCUCCAGCCCAGAGAAGAAGAAAGUCUGCGAGCUGAUAGGUUAUGCUGAAGGCGCGCCGAAACAAGAUAGAUCUAAGCAGUAUAUUGAACACAAACUCAACCUAACUCUGGCCAACUCCUCCAUAACUCUCAUCAAUAGAAACAAGGAGAUCCUAGUGGUGACACUCACUCAGGUCCUAGCUUCGUUGGAGACUCGCCCUUCUGCUAAAGCUUAUAAGAUAUCAACGCGAACAGAGAGCGUAGUCAUCGAAGGGCUAUCCGCCGACAAUGAUCUGAUGCCAAUCCUACUGGUAGCCCAAAGCCCUGUGGUAGGAGGCAGUAAUGCCUUCGCGUUGGAUAUCGAGAGGAACCCCGCUAGCAGUCACGCUGACUACGGCAUCACAUGCCAUCUGGAGCCUGCUGAGAUGGUGUAUGUGGAGCACACCGUCACAGAGAUAAUCAACUUCUUCCAAACGCACUCCAUGUCGUCCGACGAGCUACUGGACGAGGCAUACCAGCUGGUGGAACAAGCCGGAGCUAUCAGCAAGUCGGUGCUGGCCUACGCCGUUAGCCGCAAGAAGGUCUUCCACGUCAACAUGGACCUAAAGGGCCCUUGUGUCAUCGUGCCAGAGCAUGGCUGUGCCAAGAAACCCGGCAACAUGAUAAUCGUGGACGUGAACCGCGUGGUGAUCAAGUCGGACCUGCAGCCGCCCAACCUCGCGCUGGAGGACGCCACCUGCAUGGAGCUGGAGGAGAGGCUUUACGACAGGUUCCACGCGGAGUGCUCUUUUCAGGUUCUAUUCUGCGAGUCUCAAGACGAUUGGCGUGAGGCGCGCAGGGUGUGUGACUCUGAUAUCCACCUGGUGCCGCGCGUCAAGUCACAGCUGGUGUUCUCUACUAGCAUCAAGAAGGACUACAAAUUGCUGCCGAGAUACAAACUAAACAUAUCCCUGUCGAGUUUGCGUCUGAACCUCUCUGAUCGCAUCAUUGGCCAGCUGUUAGACUUCUGCGACAAUCUCCCGGUACCAGUACCGAACACUGUGCCGGUCUCCUAUAUCGAUUCUGGGGACUAUGUGGAAGAGAUGGAGGAUCCUGAGCUGGCGGAGACCCUGCAGUUUGAUAGAGUGAAGGCGGAUCCUGGGUAUAACGACCUGGUGAAGUUGAGACAGAAGAUCGUCGGGGCGUACUUUAGUAGAAAUAGAGCGGCGGAAACACAAACAGACGGGGAGAGCGCCAAGUCGCCAACCGACGAGUCCCUGCCCGCGGACUUUAGCGACGAGGAUGUGGAGGAGUACGCCCGCUCCGUCGACCUGCCCGGGUUUGACGACAACGUCUCCCCCAGCAACACUAUCAAUACCCUCAUGCGCUUCGUUAUUGGUGAAAUAGUGAUAAACCUGAGCCGUUCAAGCGAGCUAACGGACAAGCCGUACAUAAUGCUAAGCGUCAGUAAGGUUUGCCUUGAUAUCGCACUCAUGGCGUACGGGCCCGCUAUACAACUGUCUGUAGGAGACGCACUGUUAGCUGACAAACAACAUACGGCCAAUGGAAAGUAUUUGGAACUGCUAACCAGUUCGGGAGAACUGUUCAAUCUACUGUAUAGAAAGGUGCGAGCCAACUGUCCGGAGUUUCGGUCCCACUUCCACAGCGUUAAACGAUCGCUGGUGGCGGACGUGGGCGCGCCGGCGCUGCUGCUGCACGCCACCGCGCUCACCACGCUCCUCAAAUACCUGUACUACAUACGCCGCAAGAUAGAAAAGAGACAUUCAAUAAGUAUCAAGAGCGUGGUGCCGAAGACCAGGUCAUUAUGGGACUACAUGAUGCAGCCCGAAGCCGACCCGCCCGUGCCGCCGGGAGCUACGAAGUUCAGCUACUCAGUCAGGGUAUCAUCAGCGACAGCCCGUCUCUGGGCUGCGGAAGGUCCAUUACUUGAGAUGCGGAUACUGUCUCUAGAGAGCGACUGCGUGUUCCGGGCGAACGACAGACUCAUCUUCAAGAUGUUCCUUGGCGCUUUCCAUGUGGACGAUUUGACUGAAGCUACGUUGUACCCAAAGCUGGUAUGGCCCGACGGCGACAAAGUCAUCGAGGCGAAGUACGUGCGCGCGGCCAGCGGGCAGCCGCAGCGUCCCGCCGAGCUGCGGAUAUACGUCGGCCGCCUCCACGUCGUGUUGUUCUGUUCCCUGCUGUACCACCUGCAGCAAAUAAUGGAGAGUUUCGCGCCGAGCGGUGCUGCGGCGGAGGCGGCGGCGGCGGCUGAGCGGGCGGCGGCAAGACGCGCGGAGGCGCUGCGAACCGCGCCUGACAGAGUUAGCCUGGCUAUUGAGAUACAUGCUCCGGUCCUAUUGCUGCCACAGAAGCCGUCAUCGCCAAACUUACUUGUGCUAAAUACAGGCGACCUUCUGGUAGAAAACUUCUUCAAGACGGUGAACACGAGUAUAGAGGCAGCGGCUCCUAUCGCCAGUCCCGUGGUGGACAAUAUACUCGUCAAGCUGGUGAAUAUCACCCUGUCGCGGGCUGUGAUGACCUUGGCUGGGACUCUGGAGGUGCAGGAACCAAUCCUAGAACCCAUAUCAGUGAAGUGCGAUCUCAAGCGCACGCUGAGCUACUCUCAAGUGUCCACGACGCCAGCUUAUCGCGACCUGCUGUUGUGUGAGGCAGAUGUCGUCAUGGACACUGUGGUGUUGAACCUUGGACAGAAGGACCUGGCGACGGUGCUGGCUGUGUGGAGUGAUAACUUGAGUGAAGGGAAUUAUAUAUGUACGGUACCACCUUCGUCUCCCGUUGAGAUGGCGCCAUGUGACGUGACAGUCAAGAAGCUACAGGCUUUCUUCGCACAAGGCGAACCGAUCAGAAAAGAGUCUGUUUUAAGGUUCACCCUUGACGGAGUAGAGAUGAAGCUGUUCUCUGACAUGGACGAGGUACUCAGUUCCCCUGUACGUGACAUGAACCAUGGUCUAGCGAAGUUGACUGCGGGAGAAGCGGCACUUCUAUUCGACUACUUCUCCGAUGGCAGCAUGGAGAUGAAAGCCAGCCUCCAGAGCCUGCUGAUUGAAGAUAUACGCCCGGACACCACGGUUGUUAUAAGAAAGAUCCUGGAGUCACAAGGCGGGGGGCGUGUCUGCGGGGGGCGGGUGUCGGUCGCGCGGCCGGCGCUGCUGGAGGCGUCGGUGCGGCGCUCGGCGCGCGCGGUCACCGUCGACCUGCGGCUGGAACGUACACGCCUCAAUCUAGCCCCGCCCUUCUUGCUGCGUCUAGCUCGUGCGCUGCUAGACGCGCUACCUGGUGACAAGACGCUAGAGGGGGGCGUGGUUAAUCACGGGUACGUUGGCGACGCGCCCGCUCGCAACAACAACCGCGCCGCACGAUAUCCCAGUACUAGCGACUCCACUAGCGGAUACUACUCCGCAGGUUUGUGGAAUUCCAUAUCCGAAGACCCACCCAGCCUCUCAAUAUCGGUGCAGUGCAGGCAACCGGAAGUGAUGUUCUUCACAGACCUAACCAAGCCGGAGGGACAAGCGUUGCUGUUCCGAACUGAGCUGCUCAUAGACUACUCCAGUCACUCCAACACGGAGAGCCUAGUGGUAUCCCUGGCUGGAUUCCAAAUAAUGUCGAAGCUGCAGUCAAAACUAAAGAAUCUAGCGCCUCAAUGCGUCCUGAGACCAUGUGACGUGGAAUUCUCUAAGAGCUUCAAGAAUGUUGAAGAGGGUAUCAUUGUGAGGAUGUCGGUGUCGGAAGUCGACGUCCAUAUAGCGGCUACUACUAUACACACUGUAAUGGACAUAAUCGAAGAAAUCACCACUGAAUUGUCGAUACCGGACGAAAAGGAACUCUUUAACUUUGCGACCUACAACCCACGGCCAGAGAAACAGGACGAGAACCUGUGGGCCCCGAAGAAGUUGGAGACUUACGUGGGCUUUAAUGUGGAGGAUACCUACGUCCAGCCCAAGUAUCCCACGAUUAGACCUUCGGAGACGGUGCUCGUGACGGUACCCAGUGUGAGAGUCAUGUUCGAGUUGGAGCAGGCUGUGAGAGUCCCGGUGUUGUCGGUUAAGCUAUCAGCGGAAGCGACUCUCCACGAUUGGUCACGUCAGCUCCACGGGGGCGGCUCCCUCACCGUCCAGGCCUCCACAUACAACGACCGCCUCGACGUCUGGGAACCCCUCAUAGAGCCCAUAGUGGAGGACAACAGGCAGAGACCCUGGGAUAUCACUGCUACGGUCUUCCAGGAAAAAUCGUACCCCAUGUCUUCAGAGCUCAUAACCAACACUCAAGACGUCACAAUGACAGAUCAAGCUCCAACCGAAAGCAAGAAGAAGAAGAGGAACGGAUUCGAAUCGGAAACCUCGGCAGACGAGGCGGAAGACACAGACAACGAGAUGGUCUUCAUCAGGAAUCCCAAUGGGAAACAGAACAAGGGAUAUAACGUAGACUUCAAUGUUUGUAACUUAACGUUUGACGGGGAUGACUCGGACUCGGAGAACGAAGGUGGAGCUAAGGAUAAGCUGUCUAAUGCCAUCGGACAGCUGUUCACUGACAGUGACUCGAGUGCGGACGAGUACAGCAACGAUGAGGACUCGUCCGCGCCGCAGAGCGAGGCGGGCAGCGGCGACGAGGACAAACCUGUCACUUACGCGGACGGUGAUGAAGCUAAGAAGGAGGAGAAGAUUGUUACUGUGCAGAUGGACGUGUUUGUAUUCGCUAAGUGUACGUCUCAAUCCCAGGAACCAAGUCGCGAAGACAGUCUAGAAUCCGAAGACAGUCGGUGGUGCACGUACAUAAUGCUGGAGUCGCGUCACACGCUCAACUGCACGCUGGGUGCGGGCGGCGCGCGCGUGUUGCGGACGCUCGGCGCGGCGCUCGCAGACCGCGCGGCCGCCGUCACCGCGCUAGUCGCGUUACACCCGCACAUGCAGCUUAUAAAUGAUAUUGGUCCCGGAUCAACUGUACACCUGCGCACGCGCGCCGAGACCGACCUGGCGGGCAACGAUCGAGUUAUAGCUGUGGCCAACUAUGACGACUCUAGCAGACCGAGCACACCAGGCUGUGAUCUGUCCGGCGCUGAGCUUCUAGAAGAGAUAGAGAAGGAAUCAAAACAGGAGAUGACUGACAUUAGCGAUGAAUGGGAUUGUAAUUCUCGUGUCAGUUUUGAGGGCGGAUUCCCCGUAAGCGCGGCGCCGGGGUGCGCGCCGCACACGUCACCGGGCGCUCCGCCCACCGCGCAGGAGCUGCUACGGCGACUAACCGACCUCACGCUCAGCAUACGCCUGCAUGACUUUGACCAGCUGACGAUCCUAUGCCCGCAACGCUCCGUCUCCAAGCUCCACGUGCUGCACCCGAGCAAAAACAAUACGCGAUACUAUAUCGUCGUCGACAGGAAAUCCAAGUUUAAUAAUAAGAGAAUCAUCGUUCGGUCACCGCUACAGGUUCGCAAUGAGACAUCCUACGCCCUGGAGUUGAUGUAUCGUCAAUCCGAACUGGAAGCGGCAGGGGUGGAACCGGUAGGCUCAGUCCGGAACCCGUUCUGUGGACUACUCCGACUGGCGGUGUUGGCUCCGCACGACACAUACAACGUGCCGCUGUACAUCGCGUAUCAUUGUCGAUUGUACCUCGUGCCGACUAAUUUUGAGAGCUACCAAGCAGCCGCUCAAGGCAUAUGGUGGAUGGAUCUGGCCAACGACAUCGGUACGCCGCGUGACAUUGUCUGUCCCUCCAUGGCAGAUGGUGACUCCAGCGUAUUUGCCAUGAGAGUGCUGGCUGUUGAAGGCUGCCAAUCCCACAAAGUAUCUCGGGCGAUACCCAACCUCCUCAUCCGCGUGUUACCACCCCUGGGCGUCCACAACCGUCUGCCGCACGCACUCACGCUAACGGGCGAGAACGUCAACAUACGCAUAGAGGCGGGCGAGCGUGCGCACGUGUACACGCUGCAGCCCGCACUCACUCACAGGCUGACAGUAGAGAUACAGUACCUGGGGCUGCCGUGGUCCGGCUCCUUCACGCUGGCGCCAGACAUGCUGGAGAAGACAAUUAGCAUGACGACAGAUUGCGAGACGGAGGGCGGUAACAGGCGGCUGAUAGUGCGCGCGCGGCUGCGUGUCGGCGCCGACGUGGGGCUGCUGCUGUACGCGCCCUGCUGGCUCAUCAACAAGACCGGCCUGCCGUUGCAGAUCAAGGGUCGCUCAGAUGAGUGCUACUCUGUGACGGACGAGGCGUUACUGUGGGGGGAGCGGGGCACUCGCGGGGCGGAGCGGGUGCGAGUGAGAGCGCAACAGUCGGGCUGGUCCCGCGCGACUCGCCUUCUCGCUCACUCACCUGGGCUAUUAGUGUGCGCGCAUGCUGAAAGACGGCUGAGUUACCGGAUAUUGCUGCAUGUGACCCUCUCCGAGCUAUGUCCGCAACUCACCAAGAUAGUCACACUGCUACCCUACUUCAUCGUGUACAACGACACGCGGCGCCACCUGCGCUUCAUGGAGGAGAACGAAGCGGCUGACUUGUGGAUGGAUCUCGCACCAACACAGUGCGCCCCCUACUGGCCGCAAACUGACUCCAUGGCUAUGCAUGUCAAGUACCGCGACUCGGGCGUGGUCUCACAACACUUUCCUGUCACCGUACCGCAUAGCACUGUGCUGAGGAUGGACAAAGGGUCAGCGAUCUGCGUGGACGUGACAGGCGGGACGGACCGUCCGUUCACGAUCACGUUCCGGCCGUACGGCGUCGGCGACGCGCCCGUCCGGAUCGACAACCUGUGUGAUGACCUGUUUCUCAAGAUGCACCAGGUGGACUCAGGUCAGGUGGCUCUACUCAGUCCGUAUCAGUCGAUGCUCUACACCUGGGACGACCCUAUGAAAGAACGGAAGCUGACAUGGAAUAUCUACACCAAUAAGGGCAAAGGAUUCUUGGCUGAUUUCUCCCAGGAUGGGUUUGGAGAGGUCAAAGUCAGCUACCGAUCUGUCAAGAACUCAACCGUUGUAGUGAAGAGUAGCGUUACAUCUAAACUGUCUUGCACCCUGACACGCUUAGCUCCCAAAUCCCCGGAACCCUGCUCCUCCAGCAGCGACGAUUCCGACAGCUCCGACCUUCCGGAAGUACACGCCAAAGGCAAGAAGAUGAGGAAAGACAAGGUCAUUGUCUACUGGAUAUCAUUCAUGGAUGGGUACCAGCGAGUGUUCGCACUAGCUCAGGACGAAAAAAUAGCACACCAAUACAGGACCAGGAUAAACUCGGAGAAGAGCAGCUAUGAAGUGUACUUGUCCUUGGCCAGCGUCGGUCUCUCUGUGUGCGUGCCAACGAGUAACAGCGUCAAGGAACUGUCAUACAUCAGCAUAUCAGAUUCGGUCCCCAAGUGGGAGAUCAACGUCAGCAACAAAUGGAAGCAGCUGGCUCCAGACAUCACCGCCUGGAUCGAGGAGAACUACCAGACGGAGCAGAAAAAGUGUCAGCUGAAGGAGUUCCUCCAUAUAGACCUGGAGAAAAUGCACAUGACGAAGCCUUUCUUCUCGGAGCUGAGAAGAAUAUACAGUCCAGGCGUUUGGCUGCAGUUCCGCAAAUCGGAAACCCACUCCUUCCACCAUCUGAAGUUACACAACCUGCAGAUAGACAAUCAGUUGUACGAUGCGGUCUUUCCGAAUGUGCUUUAUCCAGCGCCUGCGACUAACUUCAAAUCCAGGAACGAAAAACCCGCAAUAGAGAUUAUAACGUUGAAGCAAUAUCGCCUGACCUUGAACCAGGACGUGUACAAAUAUUUUAAGAUUCUGGUUCAGGAGUACUGCGUGAAUUUGGACAGAGGUUUUGUGAACCACGUCUUCGAUAUUCUCAACAACUGGAAGAUCGAGGAAAAGCCAGCUGUGAGGCUGCGGGCUGAUCUGGCAUUAGUCCAUAUGCCUCUACCCGUCAUAGCGAUGAAGAGUCAAACAAGCGCACAAAAGAACGUCAUUUUUGAGUUCGUUCAUCUAUCACCCAUCAAGCUCGUUCUAAGUCUAUCGUCUCGUGGUUACUCUACGGAGAGUGCUGAUAGUCCGACCAAGAAGUAUGGGCAGAGGGAGAAUCGGCCGAAACUCUUUAAUAGUGACCUACUGGAGUUCCUGUUCAACUCGUGGGGAUCCUCGCUCUGUGAUAUGAAGGAUGUUGUUAUCAGGAUGGGCUACCUCGAGCUCCGCAACGCGCCCAUCACCGUCCCCAGCCUGGUGGACGCCGCCUCCCGCCACUACUGGAUGCAGCUCGUGCAGCAGUUCUACGUGCUGGUGCUGGGUCUCAACAUCCUGGGCAACCCGUACAGCUAUAUAGGGGACUUCACUAAGGCCCUGAAGAAUUACUAUGAGCCGUGCUGUGGCUCCACAAGCGGUCGGUCCUCGGUGCCGGGCGGGGUGACGGGCGCGCAGCUCGUGCGGUGGUGUUGUCCUGUCGAGAAGCGCUCGUAUUUGAGGAGGGCUGGCGAGGAAGGUGACAUCGUGGAUGACCUGCCUGAAGCGGUAUUAGAUGCGUACCGCACCAAUCCCACCAGCGUCGCUCUGGCGCUCGUGGGAUUAAUAGCCAGGCCGUCCUACGACGUGACGCGCGAGGCGGCGCGGCUAUGCGCGCGGCGUGCGGGCACAAGUGCGUGCGCGGGCGUGGGGGCGGCGGAGGCGGCGCUGCGGGCGUGCGCCGGCGGCGGACUCGUGGCACGGCGACGGCUGCCACGGUUCUGUUCGCAUAUACAUGGUAUCCGACCAUACUGUGCGCACCGCGCGCGCGGCGCCGCACUGCUGGCGCUGGCGACGCGGUCCGGCGCGGACAGCUACCUGGCGCACGCGCACCUCUCCCGCGCCUCGCCCACCACGCUGCUGCUGUCCACCACGCACAUCUAUCUGAUCCGGUCAGGGGGCGGGGGCGGAUGGCGCGCGGAGUGGGCGGUGCGGCUCGACGGCCUGCUGGGACCGCCCCUCGCCAGUGACGGCAAGCUCAUACUGAAUAUCAAACAGGACGAAAUGGUGAACUACUUCUCAACAGACGAGAAAGUCAUUGAAGUUCAAGACCCAGAAGUGUUGACAUGGCUUCAAACGAAGAUCGAGUGCGCGCUCAUACAGGCGUUAGAGGACAAGCGAUGUACUGGACAGUAGAGCGUUGUCUAUGGUAGCUAAGGGGGCUUUCACAUUUCGCGAUACGAUAUCGGAUAUCGCCAGCAUUUAUUGAUAAGAGGUUUUUAUAUUAUACGGGGUCCGUCAUGGAAUAUUGUUACGAUAUUGAAUGUUGUUUCAUCAUCGGAUAAAGAUGCGAUAUUGAAUAUCGUUACGAUAUAAGAUAUCGCUAUAUAAAAUAGGUGCAAGAACGACAAGGAAAUUUUUGUACGAAAG